GUUUCUGGAGGCAGAAAGGCCCAGGAUCAGCAAGGCUUCCCGCACGCUGGCCUUUGUGUACCCCUACCUCUUCGACAGCAUCCCUCUCUUCUACAGGUUCUACCUGUGCAUGGUAGAGAGCUGCACAGACGCUGCCAUCCUGGUCCAUUACAAACACACCGUCUUUGCCUUCCUCACUUGCUUCAUCUUCGCCAGCCAUCUGCCCGAGAGACUCGCGCCAGGACACUUUGAUUAUAUUGGGCACAGCCACCAAGUUUUCCAUGUCUGUGGGAUCAUCGGCACGCACUUCCAGAUGGAAGCCAUCAUGUUGGACAUGGCCGAGCGCCAGGACCGGCUCCUGCCCACCUCGCUGCUCCCUUCCUCCCUGCAGACACUGGUGUCCAUGGGCAUCUGCAUGGCCAUCAGCCUGGCUGUCAUCGGGCUCUGCUCCAUGUCCCUGCGCUUCAUGCCAGAGCCUCUGCAGAAAGAAAAACCACAUGGGCAUUAG